AUGCCUUCCCCUACGCCAUCCUCAUAUGUUGAAAUAGCGUCAGUUCCUGAGUACACCAAUCCCGAGCUGGUAAAGACUCCCUGUGGAAAUCUCACGAUCACAAGCGGUGAGUUGAAUGAUAGCAUGAAGCCAAUCUAUCCUCAAGGCAAUGGCCGGUCUUUUGUCAUCAAAGGGAGCGUCUACUAUAUUUUCGAAACAACUGUCCGGAAAGAUGCAAAAGGAGAGAUAGUGGGUGAAGCUACAAACUCAGUCGCACUGGUAUCAGAUCCAGAUGUGAAUCCGAUUGCAAACAUUGCUGUACCCAUUAAUAGAAGCAUGCACCCUUUCUUGCCCCUAUCAAAGAAUGAAGAGGAGCUAGAGAAAGAUGGCGCCAUCAAGGUCAUUCUUGGAAUGCCUGGAGGCCUUUGCAAGCCUCAGCUAGACGCAAUUGGAGGGUAUAUCUGGUUUGAGAAGUACAUCCAGACCUGUUCUCCGCAGGGCGAUCUCAGAAAUACUUUCCAAGGCGUCGGCCUGGCUAUCGCGGUCCGGAAUGUAAAUACAAAUGAAGUGAGAGGGGAACGGAUCAAACACGAUGAGCUUCUUUUCAAAGCAAGUGAACCAGCGUUUGGUGCAUUCUGCUCGGUGCUGGUGAAUAACUUCUUCUAUGUCUGGGGAAAACUUGGGGAGGAUAUCUAUUUGGCCCGGGUCGAGAGAUAUGAGCCCGAUAAUCGCAGUGCAUACGAAUAUUGGGACGGAUAUAAGUUCAUGCAUGAUAUCACAGCGGCAGUGCCUGUGUUUAGCGGUUAUACAUCCGGAACAGUUAUGCGCUCGAAGAUGUUUGGUCAUAUGUACAACUGGGUUUUUAUUGGGGGAACAAAGAUAAACAGGCCAGUGGUGGCCAUUGGCAUGGCUCGCGAGAUCCAAGGUCCAUAUAUAAUGUAUGAUCUGAUCAAUUCCGAGGAGAUUCACCCUAUGCUUCGAGAGGUACACUCUGUGUAUGCGCAUCAAUGGGCAUUUGAUGAGAAGAAGGGCCAACUUCUGGUGAGCUGGAACGAGUGUGAUACUAGAAAUGUUGUUGCAGUGAAACUCCAGCUUGCAAUAAGCCAUCAAGGGGCCUUCUGGAAAGAUAUCUCGUUUGUCUAUAUGCCAUGCGAGAUCGAACACGAUAGAGACGGAAAGACCAUCAUCAAGAUCCUUGCGAAGGAAAAGGCCACAGUAGACGCAGUGGCAAGUUCAAUCUGCAAUCUUACCAGCUCUUGGUGCGAUGAAUUGCUCAGGGCCAGGAUGGAGGCGAGAGGCCUUUUGCUGAGAAGGGUGCUGAAAUGGUUUUUCUGA